AUGGGUUUUGCUUUGGUCCUAAUUGACUUUGAGAAACUUGCGGGACACUCAGGUAGCCAUGGGGUCCAGCAGACGGAUAGUCCCCGAGUUUGGCGGCCUGCCCCUGGAGCCGUCAGUUCUGCUGCCAACACGCCCACGCAGCUGGGGAUGGCCAUGGACACCAUGGUUAGAACCUUCCACCGGUACUCCGCAAGGGAGGGGGCAGACUGGGAGCUCAGCGAGGGGGGACUGAGGAUGCCCCUGCAGAGAGAGCUCACACACUUCCUCUCGUGCCAAAAGGACCCGCAUUUGGUUGAUAAGAGUGCCAAUAAGGACAAUGAAGUGGAUUUUAAUGAGUUUGUGGUCACGGUGGCCGCCCUGACAGUUGCUGGUAAUGAUUAAUUUGUAGAACAACUGGCGAAGAAAGGAAAUUAA